AAUCAAAAUGUCAUCAGAACGUUUUCACAAAGCCGCCAAGGAUGGCCUGCUGGACGUCCUAAAAGAGGCAACACGCAAAGAUGCAAAUUCAAAGGAUGAUGAUUCGAUGACGCCAGUUUUAUGGGCAGCAUUCGAAGGACAUUUAGAAGCUUUACGUUUACUGUGUGGCAGAGGAGGUGAUCCCGACAAAUGUGAUCAGUUCGGUAAUACUGCCUUACAUUUGGCUGCUGCCAAGGGCCACUUGAGAUGUGUAGAUUUUCUGGUGAAAUUUGGUGUCAACAUUUAUGCCCUGGACAUCGAUAAGCAUAGCGCCAAAGAUUUAGCCGCCAUUAAUAAUCGAGAUGAGAUUCUGCGUUAUUUGGAUGCAGCCACGGCCAAUUUUGAGGCCAAUGAUAGAAAAAAAUCCAAAGCCAUGAAAGACGUGGCCGAAAAGAACUGCGAAAAACGCAUCAAAGAAUAUAUGAAACGGCAACAGAAACAGGAUCAGGAACAAAAGGAACCCAAGUCUCCAACAUCGGCCACAAAUGGAAAAUCUGGUAAAAUGUUAUCCACACUGAAGCAGAAAAUAUGGUCCAGUCAGGGCAAUUUACAUAAAAUUCCAAAAGAAACUUCUCCACCGGCAAGUAGUAGCGGUGUCAAAUUCAGUGAAUUGGUACAGACCGGAGGUAGUACAGCUGGUAGUAGUGGUGGUUCAGUGGCCAGUCGUAAGGGUAAUACAUUUUCCUCAAAAUCGAAAGCAUUUUCGGGUGGCGAUACCGGUUUUAAAAUUGGAGAAAUAGAACCGGAUGGACGCCGAACCAUUACAUCGCUGAGUGGUGUCCAAAGAGAUUCAGAGAUACUUUAUGUGGGUACCUUUAGUUCCAAUGAAGACAACUGCAAACGUGGCAAAAUCAAUGGCCUCUUUGAGACUGAAGAAGCUGGCAAUUCGGACAAUGAAUCGAAUAAUAACAAGUCCACAUAUGGUACACUGUCACGUUCCUUCUCACAACCCGAUAUUUUGGGUGAUAAUGAGACCAGCGAUACUCUACGACCGGAAAUACAAAUUCAAAGACCUUCGGGAUUAUUUGAUCGUCCCAUGCUGGGUAGUAUUGCAUUUAGACGUUCCGUAACAGCUGCCCUAAGUCAACUGAAUACCGAUGUCUAUAGUGGUUUGGAGGAGAAUACUAACACCACCCAACCCUCCACCAGAACUAGUUCGAUAUGUUCAAAAUCACGUUCUGCCAAGCAGAGAUCGUUUUUAAAUUUAACCGAUUCCGAUUCAGAUGGUGCAGAUGGUUUUAGUGAUGAUGAUGAUCAGGAUGUGGCGGGUGGGCCAAUACAACGAUUUCUUACCGUUUGGGGUUUGGAAGAAUAUUUACAUAUUUUCCAGAAACAGCAAAUCGAUUUGGAUACCCUGUUGCUGCUAACCGAGGCCGACCUUAAGUCUUUGGGAUUGCCAUUGGGUCCUUUCCGCAAAUUAAGCUUUGCUAUACAGGAACGUAAAAAUGCAUUGAGUAAUCCCGGUGCUAUACGCGAUUCUCAUCUCUAG